UAAAAAGCUUCAAAGCAUGUUAGAACGGCAAAUAGAAAGUUAGUCGUACAGAAUAUUUUGGCUUUAAUCCACAUGUCAAAGUACUGUGUGUUUGUUUUAUUCCAGCGGUACAGUAGUGUAAUAUCCUAGGCAGCCCUACUGAUGUGGACUACAGCGCUACAUGAACCUGUAACUAGAUGUAUGGACUGAAUCCUGAGUUUUGUCGGGAGACGCAUGGCGCUUUAAAACACAAAGAUUGAUUUUUGUUUUUGGCACAUUUAAACUAACCAUCAACAGCUGGAGCAUGAUUUUAUUAGUCCAAUCCAUUUGACUUCCAUUUGUUUGAGUUCAUUUGCACUUUUCUUUAACAAUGUGUGCCUUUAUGGUUGGAUUUAUUCCUAUUCACUGCCUGUGUGUGGAGUGUGUAAUCACAAAUUAGGGAAGUAACAGAGUUAUGAUAACACUAGUAAUAAAAGCCCAGGUUGAGGUUGUUGCAAAGAGCCGGAGACGCUUGUUUUCUGUUUGUUUUAGUAACUUUUUAACGCGCAGCUACAGUGAAUGGACUCAAUGUCACAGUGCUUUAUCCAAUCACUGCGAGCGCCACUCACCACUCCGUUUCCCGAUAGGCCGAGACGGCCGCCAAUCGCAUCUGCAAAGUGCUGGCUGUCAACCAGGAGAACGAGCAAAUGAUGGAGGACUACGAGAAGCUGGCCAGCGAGCUGCUGGAGUGGAUCCGUCGCACCGUCCCCUGGCUGGAGAACCGGACCCAGGAGAAGACCGUGAACGACAUGCAGGCGAAGCAGGAGGACUUCAGAGACUACCGCUGUGUCCACAAACCGCCCAAGGUCCAAGAGAAAUGCCAGCUGGAGAUCAGCUUCAACACUCUGCAGACUAAACUGAGACUCAGCAACAGACCUGCCUUCAUGCCAUCAGAGGGACGCAUGGUGUCUGAUAUCAACGGAGCGUGGCACACUCUGGAGGGGGCGGAGAAGGGCUACGAGGAGUGGAUCCUCAGCGAGAUCCGCCGCCUGGAGAGACUGGAGCACUUGGCCGAGAAGUUCCACCAGAAGGCCGCCAUCCACGAAUCCUGGACCGACGGUAAGGAGGCCAUGCUGACGCAGAAAGACUACGAGACCUCCACCCUGUCAGAGGUCAAGGCGUUGCUACGGAAACACGAGGCCUUUGAGAGCGACCUGGCGGCCCAUCAGGACCGAGUGGAGCAGAUCGCCGCCAUUGCACAGGAGCUCAACGAGCUGGACUACUACGACUCCGCCAAGGUCAACGCUCGCUGUCAGAAGAUCUGCGACCAGUGGGACUCCCUGGGAGCCUUCACCCAGAGCCGCAAAGAGUCACUGGAGAGGACAGAGAAGCAGCUGGAGUCGAUAGACGAGCUUUACCUUGAGUACGCCAAGAGAGCGGCGCCCUUCAACAACUGGAUGGAGGGAGCGAUGGAGGACCUGCAGGACAUGUUCAUCGUCCACAAUAUCGAGGAGAUCCAGGGUCUCAUCACAGCCCACGAGCAGUUCAAGUCCACCCUGGCGGAGGCCAACAAGGAGCGGGAGGCCAUCCAGGCCAUCCAGGCCGAGGUGCAGAAGAUCGCCCAGAGCAACGGCAUCAAGCUGAGCGGAGCCAACCCGUACACCACCAUCACACCCGAGAGCAUCGACGGCAAGUGGGAGAAGGCGAUGGCCAUGGUGCCGCUGCGUGACACCGCCCUGCAGGGCGAGCUCAACAAGCAGAACUCCAACGACACCCUGAGAGCCAAGUUCGCCACCCAGGCCAACACGGUCGGCGCCUACAUACAGGCCAAAAUGGAGGAAAUCGGCAGGAUAUCCAUCGAGAUGAACGGCACCCUGGAGGACCAGCUGACCAACCUGAAGGAGUACCAGAAGACCAUCAUGUCGUACAUGCCCGAAAUCAACACGCUGGAGGGGUACCAUCAGCUCAUCCAGGAGGCCCUCAUCUUCGACAACCAGUACACCUCCUACACGAUGGAGCACCUCCGCGUGGGCUGGGAGCAGCUGCUGACCACCAUCGCCAGAACCAUCAACGAGGUGGAGAACCAGAUCCUGACGCGUGACGCCAAGGGCAUCACCCAGGAGCAGCUCCACGAGUACCGCGCCUCCUUCAACCACUUUGACAAGGACCACAGCGGGGCACUGAUGGCUGAGGAGUUCAAGGCCUGCUUGAUCAGUCUGGGCUACGACGUGGAGAACGAGAAGCAGGGAGAGAGUGAGUUUGCUCGCAUCAUGAGCAUAGUGGACCCCAACGGCAGCGGCGCCGUGACCUUCCAGGCCUUCAUCGACUUCAUGUCCAGGGAAACGACCGACACGGACACCGCGGACCAGGUCAUCGCCUCCUUCAAGAUCCUGGCUGCUGAUAAGACCUUCAUCACGGCCGAGGAGCUGAGGAGGGAGCUCCCCCCCGACCAGGCUGAGUACUGCAUCGCCCGCAUGGCGCCCUACACGGGGGCCGACGCCGCCCCUGGCGCCCUGGACUACAUGUCCUUCUCCACCGCCCUGUACGGAGAGAGCGACCUGUAAAGGAGGCAAGAGGAGGAGGAGGGCUGGACAGGAGGAAGGGAGGGAGGGAGGGAGGUAGACAGUCAUUCUGUGCAUAGAGAAGACGCCCAGGAAUCGAGCGUCUGGAACGAAUUGGAGUGGUGGUUGUAAGGUGCCCCUGCGUGUGCCGGUUUAGAAAUCGUCAGAAUAUUUCUUUUAAAGAACGCGGAUACUUGUUGAUGGAACUUGUAGUUCGGUUUGGCCUCUGUCGAAUGUUUCUUCCCAGCCUCUAAACGGAUCCAGAGUAAUCAAUUUGUGGUAAAAAGGUUCAUAUGAACGGGCAUAUCCAGGGGCAGCUGCGGGAUGUGGGGGGGGGGGUCAUUCAGCUUCACCCUCUCUGCCUUUUGUGGGAUCAAACGAGCUAAUCUGAUACUUAUGCUUAUUUUUUGUUUAUUUUAUUAUAAUUUCUUUCUUCUUGCCAGGCGGGUUCAGGGCAUGUUGUGGGCUUUUGACGUGGCGACUGGCGAGGUCUGUGUAUUAGUUCCUAGAGAGAUAUAUGCUGCAGGACGGGGGUGUUGACCAACCAGAGAUAAAAAAUUAAAAAAAGACAUGUUUACCCAUAAUUCCCAUGUUGCUGGACUAGGUGUCUAACCUCCGCUCUUUUUUCCUCCUCCUGUCUUUGUUUAUUUCUUUUUUCUUUUUCCCGAGCAGGUGGGAAGAGUUGGGGUGGGCGGGGGGCUCAGCGCUGUACAUAUUUUUUUCAGUGCGGAGAGUGGCACACACGGUUCUAGUUGUCGAGAGUAAUUACUCACAGGCUUUCAAUAAGGGAGGGGGGGGGGCGAAGAGUGACAUUUAUUAUAAAAAUGAAUAAAUAAAAUGACAAAAACACAAGCAAUUGGAAAAAAAAGCUAACGACAGAGAGAGCAGUUUCACCAGUGGAUAGGUUUGAGCUUCCAGAAGUCUUCACUUCUUUUUUGUUUUUGCAAUGGAAGACGUUGGUCGCCAUGAAGUUUAAGACUCGUGUACCUAAAGGCCUCCUGUAAAAACCCCAUGACGGGCAAACAACCAUAGUUAUCCACAAAUAUUUGCUUCUGUGAAACUUUUCUCUUGGGGUGGGCUUCAGGUGCUUAUUUAAAUACAAAGACUAUACAUUUAUAUGAUAGGUAGGAUGGUAGUAGUCAAAGUUAGACCAGUUUUAUAUGCCAGAAAUUGCGCACACAUGCAGAAAUAUAUUCAAACACACGUCAUGGAUGCAUCUGAUUGGCUGAAUGAAAGUUUUUUUUGUUGUUUUUUUUUGCACUUCCUGGAUUUUUUUUAGGAGCUGUCAUAGUGCCACUCUGUGGAGGGAAAAAUGGCAAAACAUAAGAAAUGAGAUCAAUGUGCCUAUUUGUGGCUGCAGCCCUGUCCCCCCCCCCCCCCCUCUCUCUUACACUCUCCCACGUCCUCCCCCUCUUUUCUUACAUCCCGUCAUUUGUCUCUAAAGUAAAGGGAAAGAAAAUUUACUGUGGGGAAAGAUCAGGGAGGGGUCUUUAUGUAAACAUUCCAUUAUGUGCAAAUGAAAAAUAUUCUAAAAAAAGGAAAUUAUGUAUUAAAAAACAAAAACAAAAAAAACUAUGCAAUCAUGUGUUCAAUAUCUGAGUUCUAGGGGAAGUUGUGGGCAUCAAUCGGGCCCUUUACUGAGAACAGUCCCUGCCUAAAUUAAACGCAGGUUAACGAGAUUUCUCCAGUGUUUGUUGGCUGUUACGGGGGAGAAGAGGGGGGAGAAGAGGGGAGACGGGCAGACAGGGAAAGCAACUGAGAAGAAGACUCGGACCAAAAGCUUGUUUCUAUUUUUUUUCCUUUCUCCUUUUCCCCCUGCAAGGUUGGAGAGAAAAAGAACUCUGAAAUUGUGAUUUAUUUUUUUCCUUUUUUUUGUACUCUUUAAUAUCAAACCUUAUCUGCUGUACUGGAAACUGCAACGCCUUCUGUCUCUAAUGAUAAGUGAGUUUCACAAAAGCACACAUAAAAGUUUCCUUACAAAAUA